GUUCCCACAUGGUUGCAAGCAUGGAUUGACUGCAAGUUUGCAAACCAGAGAUUUAUUAUUAUUAUUACAAUUAUUAUUAUUAUUUUUUUAAAAAAAUUCCAGUUACAUUCCUAGCUUUGCUCUCCCGUUAGAAGAAGCCUCUUUGCAAACUUGGGAAUCGAACCUCCCCGUGCAGGAAUUGUCUACCGGAGCUGGAUUCGCCUAGCAUGGCUUCAGACGAAGGGCUGCUUAUUAAUGUCAGCACUUUGCCUCUGCCCGGGUCCCACCGCUUCCCUGCGGGACAGAGGGCCCCCAACCCACAAUGGGGCCGCCGUGGGAAAAAGGCCAUGAAAAGAACUUCAGAAGGUGCACAAGAAACCACUCCUGUAAAAAAACAGCGUGCUUCUCCAAUGCCCCAGACCAAAAAGCCGUGGAAAAACCCCAAAAAUCACAACAAAGGAACUGGGCCGCCAGGAUCAUCUCUGGAAAAGCUUUCGCUUGAAGCCAGGGAAGGCGACUUCAACAAGAGACCCUUUGUAAAGACUUCCAGCCUCUUUAAAAACAACCCAGAGAUCCCCGACUUGCAGAGAACUGCCGUGAAACAAGUUCAAGAGGAGAUUUUCACCUCAGAUUCCUUCGAUCAGCUGGGUCUACAUCCUCACUUGACUUCAACAAUAACCUCGUCCUUGAAACUAUCAAGCAUGACCAGUGUUCAGAAGGAGACCAUUCCCACAUUGCUGCAAGGGAAGGACGCUCGGAUCCGAUCACAGACGGGCUCAGGAAAGACACUUGCUUAUAGCAUCCCCCUCGUACAAUCCUUGCAAAAGCUGGAGCCCAAAAUCAAGCGCAGUGAUGGACCCUAUGCCCUUAUCCUGGUUCCAACCAGAGAGCUCGUUCUACAGAGUUUUGAAACCCUCCAGAAACUCUUAAAGCCUUUUACCUGGAUUGUACCCGGAGUCUUGAUGGGGGGCGAAAAGAAGAAAUCGGAAAAAGCCAGAUUACGCAAAGGAAUAAAUAUCCUGGUGGCAACUCCUGGACGGCUGGUGGAUCACAUCAAAUCUACCCAAUGCAUUCACUUCCGCUGUAUCCGUUGGUUGAUUCUGGAUGAGGCUGACAGAAUAUUGGAUCUGGGCUUUGAAAAGGCCGUGGCCGCCAUAUUGAAUGCUGUCAAUGCAGCCAGCCCGAAACGGCAAAACGUUCUUUUGUCAGCCACACUUUCUGAAGGGGUCUCAAGGUUAGCCCAUAUCAGCUUGCAAGACCCUGCCUGCAUUACCGUGGCGUCAGAAGCCCCGGGUUCAAAUCCGGCUCAGGAAAAAGUCUGUCUCCGGGAGGAUGUCGGCGUUAUUGCUGCCAAGAAGGAACAGGGCAGUUUUGCUGUGCCAGAAACACUCCGUCAGAACGUGGUCAUGGUCCCGAGCAAGCUGAGACUAGUGACGUUGGCGGCUUUCAUUUAUGGAAAAUUCAAGUUCGAAAAACGCCACAAGAUGAUCGUUUUCUUCUCGAGUCGCGAGCAAGUGGAGUUUCAUUACGUCCUCUUCCAAAAAGUGUUGGGCGAGGCGUCUGGGGAUGGAGGAUCAGGGUUAGCACCAGCCCUUCUUUCUCCUCUGUCUUUUGCACGUCUGCACGGUGACAUGAAACAAGAGGAAAGAUCAUCCGUGUUUCAGGCUUUUCUGCAAUCGAAGACCGGGGUGUUGCUCUGCACGGACGUCGCUGCUCGUGGGUUAGACCUGCCCCAAGUCACCUGGAUCGUGCAGUAUAAUCCAGCAGCUUCGCUCGCUGAAUACGUCCACCGAAUUGGGAGAACAGCUCGGAUUGGCAGCCCUGGAAACAGCUUGCUCAUGCUUUUGCCUUCCGAGGCCGGAUAUGUCAGCUUUCUGGCUUCGUACAAGAUUAACAUUUCAGAGAUGAAAAUGGAAGAGAUUUUGUCAAACUUAACGAAAGAUGACCGUUUCAAAGGAAACCCGGAGAGGUCUAAGAAGAGCCUGCGGAGAGAUGUCCAGGAAAUACACCGAAGGGCUACCGUGAUGCAGACUGAAUUUGAAGAUUUUGUUCACUCCGGUACCAAAACCACCCGAUGGGCCAAAAAAGCCCUGCAGUCCUUCAUCCGCUCGUAUGCCACCUAUCCCGCCAACCUCAAGCCCAUCUUUCACAUCCGGGCUCUGCAUUUGGGUCACGUGGCCAAGAGUUUUGGGCUCCGCGACGCUCCUGGGAACCUCGGCGCCGUCGCUGGAGCCCCUUGGCAGGGAAGGAAACAGAAAAGGCAUGACCCUCUCAAGACGGCUCAAGUCAUACCUCGUCUCCAUGUUGCCUUUGAAUAUUCUAGUGGUUUGGACCCCUCGGCUUCGAAGGGCAAGAGGAAGAAACGGCUGAGAAACCGAGGGGAACUAAAUUCUCCCAGCUGAUCUGAGAAUUCUCCGUGCCUUUUCGACGGGAUUGGAAAAGAGCUGGAAGACACAAUCUCAGGAAUGUCCCCUUUCCGUUCUAGGAGAGGAAACCAUGUUCCACCGGGAAUACAUACCCUCUUCCUUCCUGAUCUAGAAAAGAAGACCAACCAGGAUCGACCACGGACGUCCCCUUCCUCCCUGAUCUAGAAGAAAAAAACUAGCCAGUUUCAAGCAAAAAUUUCCUUCCCUGAUCUAGAAAAGAAGAUCGACCAUGAACGUCUCCUUCCUCCCUGAUCUAGAAGAUAAAACUAGCCAGUUUCAAGCAGAAAUGUCCCUUCCUGAUCUAGAAAAGAAGACUAACCAGGAUCAACCAUGAAAGUCCCCUUCCUCUAUGAUCUAGAAGAAAACACUAGCCAGUUUCAAGCAAAAAUGUCUCUUCCUGAUCUAGAAAAGAAGAUCGACCACGAAUGUCUCCUUCCUCCCUGAUCUAGAAGAAAAAACUAGCCAGUUUCAAGCAAAAAUGUCCCUCCCCUGAUCUAGAAAAGAAGACCAACCAAAAUCGACCACAAACGUCCCAUUUCUUCCUGAUCUAGAAG